GACUGCCAACAGACCACCUCUCUCCAUUAACACAACCCUUCCUCUCACAGUGACUUCAUCCCUCUAAUUCGUAGAGGCUUCAGAGUCACCUGUACUUCAGCAGCUGAGAGUCAUAGUUUGAGUGGAUACGUUUGUGCAACAGUUUAGUUUACCUGCUUCAAUUUAUUAGAGUGAGUAUAGUGUAUUAGUCUUGAUUAGUAUUUUAUUGGUUUUCACCUCGGAAGAGCCAGCACAUUGAUAAAAGAUGGCAUUGCCAAUGCGUGUCCUGGUGACGGGUGGAUCUGGGUUGGUGGGAAAAGCCAUUGAGCAUGUGGUGCAGCAGGAAGGUGGGAAACUGGACGGAGAAGAAUGGAUCUUCCUCUCCUCCAAGCAAGCUGAUCUUGUAGAUGUUGAGCAGACCAGGGCUGUGUUUGAGAAGUAUCGUCCCACUCAUGUCAUCCAUCUGGCCGCAAAAGUCGGAGGCCUCUAUCUACACAUGAGGGAGAACCUGCAAUUCUUGAGGGACAACAUCAAAAUCAAUGACAACGUGCUACACACUGCCCACGAGUCAGGUGUGACCAAAGUCGUGUCCUGCUUGUCCAGUUGUAUCUUCCCUGACAAAACCACGUACCCCAUCGACGAGACCAUGAUACACAAUGGAUCACCUCAUGACUCCAACUUUGGAUACUCGCACGCAAAGCGGAUGAUUGAUGUUCAGAACCGGGCAUACUCUCAGCAGUACGGUCAUUGCUACACGGCGGUCAUCCCAACCAAUGUUUUUGGUCCACAUGACAACUUCAACAUAGAAAAUGGUCAUGUGCUGUCGGCACUCAUCAACAAGACGUACAAGGCCAAAAAGGAAGGAACUCCAUUGACGGUCUGUGGCUCUGGAGCUCCUAAAAGGCAGUUUGUCUACUCCCUGGAUUUGGCUCGUCUAAUCAUUUGGGUCCUGAGAGAAUAUGAAGAAGUUGCCCCCAUUAUCCUCUCUGUGGGUGAGGAGGAUGAAAUCUCAAUCAAAGAAGCUGUGGACAUGAUCACAAAGGCUGUCGACUUCAAAGGAGAAAUAAAUUUUGACACCACCAUGUCAGACGGCCAGAUGAAGAAAACCGCCAGCAAUGCCAAGCUGAGGCGCCUCCUGCCCAACUUCUCCUUCACACCCCUCAAUGAAGCUAUAAAGAUGACAUGCGACUGGUUCGAGACCAACUACAAGAAUGCCCGAACAUGAAGUGACCCACCCACCAUUGGAAGCAUUCUUUGGUUCUGGUGUGAUGCAAGUUGUUAUGACUGUUGUAGGAGCCAUACAUCGUUUUGAUUAUUCUUUUGUAUUAUUCUUUCCUUCUACGUUGUUUGUAUGUGUGCGUGUGGUGUGACGUCAUUUGUAUCCACGACACCGUAAGGGGGUGUGGUGUGUGUGUGUGUAUAUUAGUGUGUGUCUGUUCACCUGUGGGGUGUGGUUGUUUGGAGCAUGGCUGCAGGGUGAGCAUGGGGAAAAACUUUCUUUUGACCGUCAGCGUCAGCUUCAACGUCAGCGUCAGCGUCAUUGUCAUUGUUAUCACCAUCGUCAAUAUCAUCAUCACUUCAAUGGAGUUUCAUGUGCUUUGGUACUCACUUGGUCAAUAAAAUGCAUCUGGUAAGGUAAGCGAUUUGCGUAUGUUACUUCUUCAUAUCAAAUACUUCAGUGCGACGCGUCAUUAGUAUGAUCCCCUCAUGUCUUAGCCUGCUGCGGCCUUUCGGAUAUUGUUUAUUGUGUAAAAGCCGCUAUAACUGUCUCAUAUUGAUACAUUUAGUGCCACAUUAAACACAUUCUAUACUGUACUUAAGCCUCUUCAUUUCUAAUCUCUAAGCGUUUUUUACAUGACGGUG